GGUCCGUCCGGUGGGGGAAACUCCUCUUUGCCCCCACCCUCCCACCGCCAUUCUUUCCAGUGUAUUUUCAUUCUGCUCUGGUCCAUGGCUCAUUUUAAUGGGGGAAAGAUUUGGAAGAGCAGCUGAAAGAAAUCCAUUCAACCUGGAAAUGUGGGAUACCCCAGUUAAGACACAAAUAGCGUAGCUUCCCGAGGACAUUAUCCUUUCGUACGUCCGGAUAGUAGGCACUGCGGGAGCGUGGCAAGCCCCUCUGUGCUUCCCCGUGUCUGUCUGGCAGGGAGCCUGCGGGCAGAGGGAUGCGCUGCAGGCGCGAGGACAGGUGCAGACCGCCAGUCUCCGCCUGCUGAAAGUCCCCGCCUGCUGAAAGUCCCCGCCUGCUGAAGGUCCCCGCCUGCUGAAAGUCCCCGCCUGCAGUCCUGCUCCUCCAGGACGCGUGCCCGAAGUUCACUUGUGCUUUGCUCCAGUGUUAGUAUUUUUGUUCCUCCGGAACUGGGAAUCACCUUUCGUCUUUUUUAUGACCUUAUAACUUAGAGAAGUGGAAUCUACGCAUCAAAAUCCCAUCGAUUGUCUCUCCCGCCCAUGUCUCCUGAAUGGAGCACACACCACCUCUCAGCAGAUAACUCUUGUCGGGCGGGUUGGUCUGGGGGUUUCUUUUCCUGGGCAGCACUUUCUGCAGUCUGAUGUCAGGGCCAAGUUACUUUCUAGACAGCCACGCCUUGAUGCUCAACUCUUAAUCCUAUUCUGCCGGUUUCCCUAGCUAGGUGUAGGGGCCUGUUGUAUUCUUGUCCUGGUGCCUAGAGGCGCGUCUCUUCCAUUUUUCUUGGCGUUCCCUGGAACUGAAGGUGCUUCUCUGCUACAGUGAGAGAGAAGGCAACUUUGAGGAGUGAGAUAGGAAAGGGGCAUGCAGCAGGAGGCUGCAUCUGCUUUCGGAAGGAGUAAAAUGAUCCGAAAGGGGCCAGGUGUCCAAUUUGUGGCUGGCUGUACUGCUCAGAGGCAAUAUGCCAGAUGUGAACAGCGCUGUGAGAAAUCCUCCUCUAAAUGUUCUGUAUCCCUGGAUGGAAUGCCUCUGGAAAUCUUGGUGAAGAUAUUUUCCUACUUGGAUGCUGUGAGCCUGCUAUGUACUGGAUGUGUGAGUAGGCGCUUUUAUCAUCUGUCCAAUGACAAUUUUAUUUGGAUCAGAAUCUACUCAACUGCUUUUUUACCUAAAAGACGUAAUUGGAAAGUUAAUUCAGUAGAGGAGACAGCUGUGUCUAUGAACUUACUCUCAGUUGAGGAUAAAGAAGCUGGAUAUUGGAAGAAAGAAUAUAUUAAAAAACAAUUAGCAUUUGUAAAAUCAGCACUAGCUCAGGUUCUCAAACCUGUCAACCCUGACACAGGCCUUCCAGUUAAAACUAAAGAGGCCCUCAGAAUAUCUGGUUUAGGUUGGGCAAUUAUACUGAAAGAAAAAAGUGGAAAAGAAUAUUUUAUGGAGCAUGUUGAUCUUUCUGUAAAUGAUACGUCAGUUACUGUUGUGUGGUAUGGCAAAAAUUGGCCAUGUUUAGCCACAUUGUCAACCUUAGAUUUGUGUGGUGUGACGCCAGUUUUUAUGCAUCGUUAUAAAACCCUCACCAAAAAUGGACCUCGGUGGUAUUCUUUAAUUACAAAGUACAAUCUUAGUUGUUUAAGUGAAUCCACCCUGAUUGGCUGCGACAGACUCAUUCGGAUCUUCUGCCUAAAUCCUGGCCUUCUCGUGGGGCUGUGGAAGAAGGAGGAAGAACUGGCUUUUGUUAUGGCAAGUCUUCAUUUCCAUCACCUUGUGGAGAGGAGCACAUUAGGCUCUGCUUCUAUUCCCUAUGAGCUGCCUCCUCGUAGCCCCUUUUUGGAUGACAGCCCAGAGCACGGACUGCAUGGCUACCAACUCCAUGUCGAUAUGCACGGUGGUGGAGUUUUCUACCUAUGUGGUACAUUUCGUGAUCUCUUCACCAAAAAAGGAUACAUUGAAAAUGGAUACGUGAAACUCAUUGUUAUAAAUUUUAAAAAUAACAGAGAACACCUACCUCUCGUUGGAAAAGUUGGCCUGUCUUGGAGAACUAAUAUUUUUGAUGGCUAUGUAAAGAGUUGUUCUAUAAUGGAUGUAACUCUUUUGGAAGAAUGUGGGAAACCCUUUUGGUGUUUCAGUUCUCCAGUUUGCAUGAGAUCUGCUACCAUACCCUCUUACGGUUCUAAUUUCUUGGGACAGACAUACUAUGUGGACUACAAGGACGCAGAAGGAAAGGUGCACAUGGAGCUAGUGUGGAUUGAAAAGACUGAAGAGUACUUCAUUGUCAGCCUAGUCCUUUACCUUAGUGUAGCAAAAAUAAACCACUGGUUUGGGACAGAAUACUAAAUAGUAGUAGUAGGUGUCAAAUUAUUGUUGCUAUUUAACUGUUUCCUUUUGAGUAACCGCUUUGUUUUUGGUGCUGGCAGUUAAAAUAAAGUAUAUCUGAAGUA